CCACAUCGCCAGCAUGUGGAGCCCACAAAAAGGUCCUACACGGCUGUGGGACCUUAGAUUUAGUAGCUGUAUAUUUAUUUUACAUUUAAUGUUUAGUUUAGUCAUAGCUGGUAAUGAACUGUGGCCCAUGGAUCGGCCAGAUGGUAUGCCAAACAUAGUUUCACUGGAGGUCAUGUGUGGUAAGGAUCACAUGGACGUACAUUUGACCUUCUCCAAUCCCUUCGAAGGCAUUGUUAGCUCCAAAGGACAACACAGUGAUCCGCGUUGUGUGUAUGUGCCACCAUCGACGGGCAAGACGUUCUUCUCGUUCCGCAUCUCGUACUCACGCUGCGGCACCAAACCGGAUCUCAACGGCCAGUUCUAUGAGAAUACGGUAGUCGUGCAGUAUGACAAGGAUCUGCUGGAGGUCUGGGAUGAGGCGAAGCGUUUGCGCUGCGAGUGGUUCAACGACUAUGAGAAGACCGCCUCCAAGCCCCCGAUGGUAAUUGCCGAUUUGGAUGUAAUACAGCUUGACUUUCGCGGCGAUAAUGUUGAUUGCUGGAUGGAGAUACAGCAUGGCAAGGGACCCUGGGCGCCGCCGGUGAGCGGCAUUGUACCACUGGGAUCGACGCUCACCCUGGUGGUGGCCAUCAACGACUAUCGCGGUGAAUUUGAUAUGCGCGUCAAGUCGUGCGUCGCCUCGGACGGCUCGGGACAUGUCAUCAAUCUAUCGGAUGAGUUUGGCUGUGUGCUGCGUCCCAAGAUGAUCUCACGCUUCCUCAAGGCGCGCGCUCCCGAUGAGCGCGCCACGGUCAUAACUUACGCCUUCUUCCAUGCCUUCAAGUUUCCGGAUGCGCUCAGCGUGCACAUCAAGUGCAAGGUCGAGAUUUGCCGACACGGCUGCCUGGAUCACUGCCAGAACACGGCGGCCGGCGAGGGCCUGGGUCCGGCCAUUGGCAAUGCCCACGAGCGCAAGGAUGUGCACAUCGGUGAUGCCAUGGGCAGCAGCAGCAACAAUGAUAUGCACAGAGAUCUGGCCAUGCCGCCGGCCAACCUGGGUCACGGUCCGCAGCCCGGACACCACGGCCUGGGCAUGGGCUUGGGCAUGGGCAUGGGCAUGGAUCAUGACAUCUUCUACGAGGACAUCAUACACGAUCACAAACAGACCAUGGGCGGCGGUGCUGGCGGCGGCGGCGGGCCUGAUCUGUACGAGGAGAAGAGCGGCAAUCUGCAGCCGCGACCCGUGCACGAGGAUCCCGAUGAGGAGGCCGAUCUGUCCGAUCUCUUUGGCGACGAUGAUCUGAGCGACAUGGAUGGCGACGGCGAGCGCUAUUUGGGACUUAAGAAGAGCGGCAAAUUUCCGCACGGCCCCCGCCAGCUGGAGGCGCAGAAGCGCAUGGGCGUGCCCAUGGCCGGACCGCGCUCUCUGGAGCCGAACUCGGAGCUGGAUGAUGUGCCGCGUCCCGUUUACCGGCCACAGGCGGAGGCAUUGAAACAAACGCGUGACGAUCACAUUGAUCUCGACGAGCCGAAUGUCAACAGCUCCACAGAGUCGACGGCGACGCAGACGCAGACACAGACGCCGCAAGGCAGCAGCCGCCGGCGUCGUCGAUCCUUGGUCAUAGCGGAUCGCAAGGUGCGCAGCGCCGAUGUCGGCGUCAGCGGGCUGUACGAUGUCAUCUCUGAGGCGGAUCUGGCCUUCUCGCCGGACUCCAAGCAGGAGGCGGUCACCGUCUUUCAGGGCAAGAUCAGCGAGGAGGUCGUCUACGGCAUUUGCAUGCCGGUGCCCGGCUUCAGCAUACUCUUCAUCGUGGUCAUCUCGGCGACCAUUGUCUCGGCGCUAAUCGCCGGCUCGCUGCUCUAUCGCUAUCAGCUGCAGAAGGAGGCGCUCGAGAAGCAGACGCCCAUGCCCGUGCCGGGCACACUGGCCUCCUGGAUGACGCUGCGCCUCUUCCGCUUGCGACACCUGCAACAACAGCAGCAGCAGCAACAACAGCAGCAGCAACAGUUGCCCAGCGCCGCUGCUGGCCAUGAAACGGUGCAGUGA